AUGAGCUUCUAUCCCAGCGAGCAUUCAACACACAUGUACGGGUCCGUCAUCGGCAUCGCCCUCGGGCUGGUGUUCCUUCGGACCGUGGCCAAGGUCCUCCGAGCGCCCACGUCGCGCGUCCCAGGGCCCUGGUAUUCGAAAUGGACAAGCCUCGUCCUCGACUUUUACUUCCUCACGGGCAAGCGAAGCUUCUACGUGCACGCGCUCCAUCAGCAGUACGGGCCCGUCGUCCGCAUCGCGCCAAAUGAGAUAGACAUCACCGACCUCGAGGCCGUCAAAACAAUAUACAGCACCAAGGAGACAUUCCGCAAGUCCAACUUUUACCGCCGCAUCGUCGCGCAGGACCAGCAGUCCAUGUUCUCGACCGUCGACAUCGACUUCCACCGCCGGCACCGCAGGCUCCUCGCCAGCCCCAUGUCGGAAUCGUCGUUGAAAUCCAUGACGGCGCGGGUCGACGCUCGAGCGCAGCUGGCCGUGGAGAAGAUGGGCCAAGAAAUGAAGUCCCGAGGCGCGACUGAUGUCUUCAAAUUCUGGUUGUUCAUGGCCACCGAUGUCAUCGGCGAACUCACGUUUGGCGACUCCUUUCGCAUGUUAGAGCUCGGCCACAAGAAUGAAUACGUUGGUGAGCUGGAGCGAGUCGGCCGAAUGGGCGCCCUCCGCGCCACUUUUCCCUCGCUGGUGGGUUUUAGCAGAAUAAUUCCGUUGCCUAUUUUCAGACAAGCACAAGAGGCCAGUCAAAACCUGAGGCGCUACGCGAGCGAAUCCCUAGACCGGUAUCGAAGGCUUGUCGUGGCCAGCCCCGACCUAGUGCAGCAGACACUCUUCACCAAGCUCUUCAAGGCGGAAAAGGAGGACACGAUGCCAUUUAACGAGAUACGAGACGAGGCGCUCUCAUACCUGGUGGCAGGAAGCGACACGACGAGCAAUACCUUGACGUUUCUGACCUGGUCUGUCUGUCGCAAUCCUCGGCUUCGCGCUUCGUUGGUUGAGGAGUUGCAAAAGCUGCCCGCCGACUUCACCGAAGCGCAACUGCGAGACCUCCCACUCCUUAACCACAUCAUCGACGAGACGUUACGCCUAUAUUCGGCCGCUCCAUCGGGCCUACCGCGUGUUGUGCCGCCAGGAGGAAUAGAGCUGGCGGGAUAUUGGUUCGACGAGGGCACCGUCGUCUGCGCCCAGGCCUACAGCAUGCAUCGUGAGAGCACCAUCUAUCCCAACCCAGAUGCAUUUGUCCCCUCGCGAUGGGCAGAGCCCACAAAGGCCAUGAAGGAGGCAUACAUGCCAUUUGGUCGUGGUCCUCGAGUCUGUAUUGGCCAGCAUCUCGCGCAAAUCGAGCUCCGCCUGGCCACGGCUCGAUUCUUCCUUGCUUUUCCCGAGGCUAAAAUGUCGUCGCUGGAGGGUAUGUCGGACCUCGACAUGGAGCCCCGAAUUCACUUUUUGCUGGCUCCAUCUGGCAGCCGCUGCCUCGUGCAAGCCCAAGCCAGAUAA